CCUGUGCUUCAUGACAUGCUUGAUAAUCCAGAUGGAGCUCCAGAAGUUUAUCUAGAUCCUAAGGAGCUGCAAGGUCGCUGGUUUGGAAGGAAUAAAGAUAGUGUGGGAAACCUUCUUUUCAAGAUGUUUCGGUACUAUGCAAUUGAACAUGAUGUUGAGAAACAUGUUGUUUCAAUUACUCAGUUUCAACCUUAUUUGAGGCAAGCCACCAAGUGGAAUGCAAAACGUAUUGCUGUAAUAGAUCCUUUUCAGCCUAAGCACAACAUAUCUAGAUACAUAUCAGCUAAUAUGUACGACUAUGUGCACUUUUGCCUUGUUACUACUACAUGUUCUCUUGGCAUUCCCCAAAGUGAAGCAGGGCCUUUGUUUGGGUACAUAGGCCCACGACCAGAACCCUCCUCAUUUGAGCAAACUCCUUCCAUUCUCAAAGAAUAUCUUUCAGUGUCUGAUAAAAUAUAUGAACUUAUUUUGCGGCUUGAUAAUUCUUAUGAAGUGGCUGAUUUACGGAAUGAUAAUGAAGAAAAUGUGCUGAAAGUAAGGGAAGAGUUAAAUAAUUCUAGAGUCUAUCAAGAGUUAUACUUCAACUUGCGAGUUGUUCCAAGUGCUCCAGACAGCUUGGUACCAUCUGCACCAUCUAAAAAUGCAUACUUGCAUUGGUGGGUCACUCCUUACCAGGCAAAUACUCUUUCUGCACAUUUCUUGCCCAGUGCACAGAGGUUAACCCUCACUAAGGAGAUGUGUGUUGACAAUGAGCUACCACCUGUAGUAUGUACUUCUUGCCACCGAAGUGGUCAUCUCAGGGAAAAGUGUCCUGAAGAAAUAAUUCCAGACAUGAGCCCAAUGUCUCCCCCUUCUAAGGAUUUGGUUGCCCACUUAGACCACCUGUGUCUUGAAAUUUUCAAAACCCGGUGUGCUGAAGACAGUGGAUUGCGCGAUCGUGCAGAAAUACGAGAUGAUCUGCUUAUGUGGUUGAGGCAAUUUUACCGUGACAUAGAUCUUCACCUAUUUGGUUCAUCUUUAAAUGGUUUUGGAGGCAAAUCAUCAGAUAUUGAUAUGUGUCUGACUUUUCAGUCCAAUGGAACUGGGGAGGGCCUUAACUUUCCUGCAUUAGUGGAGGAAAUUCAACAUGCAUUGAAAGGGCACAAAAGUGUUUAUCAACUAGUUGCAAUAACUACAGCAAAAGUGCCUAUUGUAAAAUUUGCUUAUGGCAGAAAUCGUAUUCAGGUGGAUAUUAGUCUGUAUAAUAGACUAGGUAUUAUGAACACACAAUUACUUCAUGCAUACUCUAUCAUUGAUCCAAGAGUGCGGCCCUUGGUUUAUAUGACGAAAAACCUUGCCAAAACUACAGGCAUUGGAGAUGCUUCACGUGGCAGUCUAUCAUCGUAUGCUUAUUCUCUGAUGUCCCUAUACUUUCUCCAGCAAGUAUCACCCCCUGUUAUUCCUGUUCUCCAAGAGCUAUCUGAUCCUGAUGUUGGUGUAAAAGUAGAAACAGUUGAUGGUGCAAAUGUUUAUUUCUACAGAAAUCAAGACAAGCUUGAUGAUGUGUGGCCUCAUCGAAAUGAAAAUAAAUCUUCACUUGGAGAGUUGUGGCUCCAAUUGUUGGAAUUCUAUUCAUCAAAAGAUUUUCACAGCUCUCAACGAGUUGUUUGUAUAAGGAAAAAAGAUCCACUUUACAAGUUUGACAAGCUUUGGACUUCAACCAAUAUCUGCAUUGAAGACCCAUUUGAUUUAAAUCAUAACUUAGGCUCAGGGUUGUCUAAAAGAAUGAACAUUUUUAUUGUCAAGACUUUCCAAAAAGCCAUUAAGCACUUCUCAUCCUUCCCAAAACGAGAUGGGAUGCCACUAGAGAAAUACUACUUCAAUGAAAAUGCUCUCUCUGUUGGGAAACCACCUAGUGAUCGUGGUUGUCACUUCUGUCGUUCUAUUGGUCAUGUUCAAAAUGAUUGCCCUAAACGUCUCAUGAUGUAUCAGAGGGGACAACAACGACCUAAUGGACGUGAUGGACGCGACAACCGUGAAAACCGUGAUAACCGUGGCCAGCGGGGAAUUAAUCAACGUCAAAAUCAUACGUUUGAAAAUUUCAACAGAGGUGGCAAUAGGCGAGAUCCAGCUAGGGACAACCACAAUAGAAACCGUGAUCCUGGUAGAAUUUCCAAUAUGCCAAUGAUGAACCCGAAUGUUCCAGUUGGAGGCAUGUACCAAAAUGCAGGCAAACCUAAUAUUCCUCAAAAUAGGUCCAUGAACCUCCAGAAUCAUGUUGUGGUUGGCAGUAUGAAACCACCCGGGUUCCCUGCUAUGCCACCAGGCAUGUAUGGACCCCCUCCUAGACUCGUACCCCCACAAAUGGCUCCUCAACUUGUACAACCAAUGCCAACUGGAUAUAACAUCCAAGGAGGUGUGCCCCCUUAUUUAUUAGCUCGCCCGCCUGUUCGUCCGUGGCAAUAAUGAUGAAGGUAUUACAAAUGUCAUGAAAUGAAUGUUGAAGAAGUGAACAUUAUUGUAAGUUUAUGAAGCCAAGGCUGUGGUUUUAUUUGUAGUAGACAUUCCUUAUGUGUUUAUUUUAAAUAGAAGUUACCAGUGAAGCUUAUUUUCCGGCAUGAAAAUUUGUUGGUUAUUCUGUUUAUUUUCCUUAUACAAUGAUAUCAUUAUUAUGAUACAUCAAACUCUUUAUCAUGACUGAUUGAUUUAAAUGCAUUAUGACUUUUAAAAAAUACAGCUUUAUUGGCUUUAAAUGAGUCCUGUUUUAUGCGUAUAAUGUAUCUGUUGUGGUUUAUAUACUUUUAUGAUUGGAUAUGAUUUGAACUUUGUAAAAAUGUACCACAUGUAUAAAUCUUUAAUUUUGGUUAGUGAUUUCUGUUUGUUUUUGUUUUCUUUUUGUUUUUUGUCUCUGUGAUGCUUUUAUGCAUAUUCAUCACUAAGGAAGUCAUUGGCCUUUCAUUAUCAGUCUGCAAGUUCAUGAACAAUCAAAAUGUACAAUUUCUUUCUUGUUAUAAGUUUUAACCGCAUUUUAUGUGGUAUCAUUUUACCUUCUAUUUAAAAGAAUGCCAUUUUGAAUUGACACUUAAUUGCAUGUUUUGUUUUUAUUAUUGUGAUCCCCAAUUUACUAUGUACCUCUGAAUUAUUAUUUUGUACAUUUCUUUAAAAUGUCAUAAUUUAGGUAGCAAUUGUGGUCUUUUGGUCAAGUUAGCUGUGGUAUUUGUCUUUCCCAAUUUUACAGAUAGCAAGAGAUUUACGGUAAACGCUGCUGUCAGUUCAAUAGCAGGUAUGUCAGUGCCUCACAGAAAUUCGACUUCAGCAAGGGAUGUAAUCAAACUCAUUUAAUAGGCAGUGUAGUAAGGGUCAGCGGGUAAUGUAUUGAUUUAUGUACAUCAUAAUUUUUGCUGUAUUUAAUGAAUUGAUCAACCAAUUAUUGAGGAUCAGGCUUCAAUCUGAUUUACUGUUGUAAAAGAAAAGAAAUUACUAGACUUUUUAUUUUGUUUUGCUCGUUCCUUGACGGCUGUGAUACUUUGUUUCGCCUUUCUCUUUAAAUUCAAAGACUGUCAAUUUUUGUUAACAAAUCCUAAUGAAACUGGUGUGUUUGUAAUGCAGUGCACGGUAGAUCUCUCACCUAGUAAACUCAAUUCUGAAUUUAAACAAUUGUCAUACCGUCAUUGGUAUAUAUUUAAGAUGAUUUCAGUUUGAAUGAGUCUAAAUCACGCUAGGUAUGUAUUAAUGAAAUUUAAAUGGCCAAAACUAUUUUACUGUUACUACAGUAAAGAAUUCUUAUAAAUUGUCCUAAAUCUUGAUCUUGGGGUUGUUAAAAUAUGUUGUAAAAAUUCUAAUGAAUCAUUCUCUUGUAAGACAAAGACUUUGUGAAGGUCCUAAUGUGAUUGUGUUUCCUUUUGUUUUAUUUUCUACUUGACUUAGUUGUACUAUUUUAAAGAGAUACCAAGUAUGAUAAAUAUUAAUUUUA